ACGGUCCGUCCGUAGCCGUCUUCGCUUCGCGAUGCGUCCACCGAUGUGUGUUUCUGCACAUGGCCGUGCCGCCCGUAAGGACCGUAUAUCGUUCUACGCUUUUUCACACUUUACUACCGAAUAUUAUCUAUUGAUCUUAGAAGAAUUAUACAAUAAAUUACAUCCACCAUGACUACAUCGUCGGAAGAUGUUUUAAUGCAAGUGGGACAAGUACGUUACAAGAAGGGAGAUGGUACUUUAUAUGUUAUGAAUGAACGAAUAGCUUGGAUGCUCGAUAAUAGAGAUACUGUAUCUGUCAGUCACAAAUACGCUGAUAUUAAAUUACAAAAGAUAUCGCCUGAAGGAAAAUCAAAGAUACAGCUACAAGUGGUUCUGCACGAUGGAUCUUCGUCUACGUUUCAUUUUGUCAAUCGUAAUGGACAGGAAGCACAAAUUAAGGAUCGUGACGAUGUUAAGGAAUUAUUACAGCAACUGUUACCAAAAUUUAAAAGGAAAGUUAAUAAAGAAUUGGAAGAAAAAAAUAAAAUGUUACAAGAAAAUCCUGUAUUGUUACAAUUAUAUCGCGAUCUUGUAAUACCGCAAGUGAUUACCUCUGAAGAAUUUUGGACGCAACAUGCUGCAGAAUACACACGUGCUAAAAAAGUCCAACGUCAAGAGAUAGGUGUCAAUGGUGCUUUUCUAGCUGAUAUUAAACCACAGACUGAUGGUUGCAAUGGGCUGAAAUAUAAUUUAACUAUAGAUGUUAUAGAAUGUAUAUUUAAAACUUAUCCAGCAGUCAAAAGAAAACAUCAAGAAAAUGUGCCUCACAAAAUGACAGAAGCAGAUUUCUGGACUAAAUUUUUUCAAUCACAUUAUUUUCAUCGUGAUCGUAUCAAUGCAGGGACCAAGGAUCUAUUUACCGAAUGUGCCAAAAUAGAUGAUCAAGAACUUAAGAAAGAUAUUCAAUCUGGAAUAAAUGAUCCUUUGAUUGAUAUUACUUCCUUCGAGGAUCAAACGUUAGAUGAAAAUUAUGGAAGCGGUUUAAGUAAAUCUGACAAAACUUCUGGGAAUAUCGUUCAUCAGAGUAUGAUUAAAAGAUUUAAUCAGCAUAGUAUCAUGGUUUUGAAAGCCAGUACUGCUAAACAAUCUACACAAAAUUAUCAACCGCAGUUAAAUGGUUCAACGCCAUCAGCAAGUAAAACUUCUGCCAAUGAUGAAUCAGAUGUCCAACCAAAGAAUAAAAAGCUUAGGAUACAAGAAAAAUUAAUUUAUGAUGACCUCGAUGCUACUUGCGAUUCAAAUGUAGAUAAUGGUGCACCAUUAUCUUUAGCACACGUAGACAGAUAUUUGCAUGGUCCUGUACAAGGGAUUGGAGUAACACAAGCACCCUCGGAUGUACUUUUAAUGGCAGUAAAUCAAUUACAAAAAGAAGCAGCCUCUUGGAUUUCAGGAAACGGUCUACCUAGACAAGUUCCUACAUCAUUAGUUACUCCAGCUGCUGCUGUAUCAGCCUUAGGAGAAUUGACACCCGGAGGAUCUCUUAUGAAGAGCUUUAGAGAAGAAAGUCUUGGGCAAUUAAUACCAAAGGAUUUGGAGACAGAACUACGUAAUGUAUAUGUCUGCAUAUGUCAACUGUUAAGGCAUUUUUGGAGAAGUUUCCCACCAACGACACCACAACUCGAGGAGAAAGCAAUCAGGAUGCACGAAGCCUUACAUAGAUUUCAUUCGGUUAAACUUAAGCCAUUUGAAGAUCGCGUUCAAAGAGAAUUUUCUGCUGUUAGUCAACAUCUAACCAGUCAUUUAAAUCAAUUAUUAAAUACAGCAUAUAGAAAAUUCGCCUUAUGGCAACAACGUAAAAUGCACAUGAGAUAGCUACUUAUUAAUAUGUUUUAAAGGAAAAUAAAAACAACACGUACACACACAUACAUACAAAUAAAACAAAGCAAUACCAAUUAUCCUACAUAUAUUGCAUUUUAUAACGUUACC